AUGAGCAUCAGGACGCCACCCACACUGCAGCAUCUAGCCCUGCAAAGCCUACUGAGUAAAGAGUCCCAGGCCAUCUCGGUGCUGGAAGAUCUGCCGGUGCUGCUGUUCCCCCCACUCUUCAUGGAGGUCUACGCACAGGGCCGCACAGAGGUGCUGAAGGCCAUGGUGCAGGCCUGGCCCUUCCCCUGCCUUCCCCUGGGGGACCUGGCAGAGUCACCAGACCUGGAGACCUUCAAAGCUGUCCUGGAUGGGCUUGAUCUGCUGCUACUUGCCAAGAAGGAGCGCCCCAGGCGGUGGAAACUGCAAGUAGUCGAUCUGCGGAAAGCACACCCUGAGAUCUGGAUACGGGGAUACCCCUCCAUGGCGCAAAUCUCCACUCCAGAUGUCCUGACUGAAAGGCCAACAGACAGUCGCCUUUCAGCUGGGACUGAAGAGCAGCCCUUGAUCCUCGCCAUUGACCUGACCAUCAGAGAUGGCACCCAGGAUGCUUUCCAAGCCUACCUCCUCCAGUGGGCCAGGAAGAGGAAAGGACGAGUCCAGCUGUGCUCAACCAAGCUGCAGAUUCUGUCUGGCUCCAUCUACAAAAUCCAGAAGGCUCUGCAUGCGGUGCGCCUGGACUCCAUCCAGGAACUGGUGGUGAACAAUUUCUGGCAUCGAGAAACCAUGAGAAAAUUCGCUCCUUCCCUGGACCAGAUGAGGAACCUUUGCCUGCUCACCUUCUCCAAGAUGAGUGUCGACUUGUAUACUUCCAGCCGCCGGAAUCUCUGGUAUUCCGGCAAAUAUGCGGUGCAUCUGGGGCAGCUGCAGCAUCUCCAGGAGCUUCUGGCCGGCACCCUGGAGACCCUGGCCUUGGAGCACUGUGACAUCACUGACGCACAGCUCUCGGCCAUGCUGCCUGCCCUGAGCCAGUGCUCCCAGCUGCGCUUCCUCAGCUUCUAUGGAAACCACAUCUCCGUGGCCGCCCUGCACAACCUGCUGCGCCACACUGCCAGGCUGGGCCAUUUAAGCCGAGGUCUCUACCCGGCCCCUCUGGAGAGCUACCGCCCUCCACACUGGGGCCUAGGGAGCCUCGACCCCGAAAGAUUUGCCCAGGUUCGGGCUCGCUUGGAGCAGGCCUUGAGAGACGCGGGGCCAAACCAGAAGGUCCAGAUCUGUACUGAUUUCUGUCAUCGCCGGCAAAAGGGCCAAUUCUACAGCCUGGGGCCCGAUGGCUCCUGGAUGCUCACCCACGAGGGGCUUCCUAGCCUUUCUGAUCUGCCUGUGUAG